GCCUGUUUUGGCUCAGACCGUUCCUGCCACUUCGCCUCGGACGCCUCGGCCGCCAACCCCAUCCCCUUGGGGCGCCGCCCCCGCCCACACCUGCACCGCUGGACCUCGUGCGCUCAUGACGAGCCUCUCGCCCGGCGCCGCAGCCCGGGGCACCAGCGCGGGCACCGGCGCCCGCGACCUGCGCGCGCUGCCGAAGGCGGAGCUGCACCUCCACCUCGAGGGCGCCAUGCGGCCUGGCACGCUCACGGAGCUGUGCGCGAAGCACGGCGUGCCCCGGCCCGCCGACACGGCGGGCCGCCGCUUCCCAGACUUCGGGCCCUUCGCCGCGUGUUACAUGGCCGUGUGCGAGUGCCUGCGGGAGGAGGGCGACCUGUUCCGGCUGGUGCGCGAGGUGGCGGAGGAUGCCGCGGCGUCGGGCGCCCUUUGGAUCGAGCCCGCGUUGUCCCUGGUGCUCUACGCCGAGCGGUUCGGGGGCCUCGAGGCGACGCUGAGGCUCCUGCUCCGCGCCGCCGAGGCCGCGGAGGACGCCACGGGUGUCGGCAUGGGCUUCAUCGUCGCAGCGGAGAGGCACCUGCCGCCGAGCGAGGCGCUGAGCCUGGCGCGGGCGGCGCGCGGCCUCGUGGACCGCGGCGAGGCGCGGGUGCGGGGCCGGCCAGGCCUCGUCGGCUUCGGGCUUCACUCCGCGGAGGGUGGCCACCCGCCAGAGCCCUUCGCUGAUGCGUUCGACGUUGCCUGCGGCACUGGCGGCGCCGCCGGCGGCAGCGGGGCGGCGCUGGCCUCCCUGCCGCACGGCGGUGAGAUUGCGCCAGCGCCGGGACAGGGCCCCGCCAGCGUUCGCUGCUGCGUGGACCGUCUCGGGGCCAAACGGGUGGCGCACGGCGUCCUGGCGGCAGAGGACCCCGAGCUGCUUGCGCACCUCUCGGCGAAGGAGGUGUGCCUGGACGUGUGCCCGACGAGCAACUGGCUGCUGCGCGUCGUGGAGGCUCUAGAGGACCAUCCUCUCCCGAAGCUGCUGGACGCCGGGGUGCCUUGCACAAUCAAUUCAGAUGACCCGUUGCUCUUCGGCUGCUCGCUGCUCGGGGAGUACGAGGUCGCGCGCUCGCGGCUCGGUCUCGCCGACGAGUCUCUGGCACGCUGCGCGGCGGCAUCCUUCCGCUUCAGCUGCGCGCCGGAGGGGUUGCGGACGAGAGGCCUCGCUGCGGUGGACGCGUGGCUUGCCGCUGGGGCGGGCGCUGCCGAGCCAGGCGCCGCCACGGCGUGCGUCGCGUGACGGCUCGAGGGGCCAGGGCGGUGCGGGGCCCGAGGGCUGCGAGCGGCAGCGCGGGCGGCGGCGGCUGCGCCGGCAGCCUGCGCGCCGGGGCCGCGCUGCGCGGUGGCGGCGGGCGGAGGCCUCGAGUGCUCGUGGCACCCAGGUUCGGGCGGGUGGUCAAAGGGAGGGGGGACCUAAACGGGGGGGGGCCCUUGUCGUCCCCCCCCGUUAAGGUCGCCCGGCGUCGCGGGCGCAUCGACGAUGCGGUGCGAUGCUCCCGCGCCAUCUGGCUCGAGGAGGGCGCGCCAGGCGGUGCGGCCGAACGCGCGAUUUUUCGAGUAUGUAGCGCAGCGCUCGGGGCGUGUGCUGGUUUUGCCUGGACUUUGCGCUCCCAGUGGUGCUCGGGGAUCCGAGGCGGGGAGUCAUCAAUAACCACCGCCUGGCGGAUCGACCUUCGGGGACGGCAGGCGGUGGACAUGAAUGUGUCUUGGCCCUGGGGGGCCAACUAUAUCCAUAUCCACCGCCUGCGGACGUCCCCGAAGAUCGAAUCCCCGGGCACGGUGCCGGGCGGCGCUCGUAGGCAAAUCUCCGCCGCCUCGCAGUGGGGCUUGUCGUGCAGAUGCACUUCUUUUUCGGGCGCGCGCUUCGUGCGCCCCACCUCCGCGCACAGGCGCGAUGGGGGCCCGGGAUGCGUGCAGCCUGCCCACCAGCCGCUCCGCCUCGCGGGCGUGGGCUCGUCUUUUUUCGGGCCCUCGGCGGUCCGGUGCUCAGCCCGUGUCAUCGACCACGCCUCGCCAGCAACGCACGCGCGCCCGAGAACGUCGACGGGGUUCGAAGCUGAACGCCCC